CUCAUAUCCUACCUAUCGUGGCUAUUCCUGGAAUAUGGCAAGCAUCGUCCUGCCUGGAGGCUUUGCACUGGCUGUUCCCUCUGCCCAAGUACCCUUCCCGCAGAUACCUGCUGGGCUUCCUUCCUCCCUUCUCUCAGGGUACUGCUCAAGUUUCACUGUAUCAGCGGGGACUCCUGACCGCCUUAUAAAAAUACCUCCCCCCCAACACGACAUCUCCUUUAGCCCUUGAGUUUUCUCCCUGGUAUGUCCCACCAUCUGACUUACUAUAGGUUUACAUGUGUUAUCUGUCAUCCAUCAUUCAGCAACAUGUCAGCAGCCUCCAUGAGGUCAGGGGCCUUGUUGAUAGCUCCAUCUUCAGGCCUAUGAUGGUGCGUGGCAUGCAGUAGGUACUCAGGACAUGUUUGUUGAAUGACUGCAUUGCUGUGGCUGGGGGGUGAGGUGCUAUGACCGACAGCCCGCUCUGGAGGAAUCACAUGGGUAGAGUGGGCGAUGGAGCAGGUUCUUGAGAGAAAGUGGGGAUCCCGGUGCACGGACAGGGCUGCUGGGAGAAUCAGGGUGAGCUGGGACCCACCCAGUCCUGACAGUGGAAAGUAUCGUUCCUCUAUUCCUACAUAUUAUCAGUCCCAUUUUGCAGUUGAGGCAACUAAGGCAGACAGAAGCUAGGUUGUAGUGAAGGGCACAGAGGGAUUCGGGAAAGGGUCCAAGACCAGACUCAGCUGUUUGGACUCCACUGCUGUGUCUAUUUCAUCCCCAUCCGGUGGUGCUCACUAAACACCAAGGGGAUCCAGCAAACACCCCCUGGCCUGCUUCUCACACCUAUUUCCCCAAAGCCCCCACCUGGGUCAACCAGCCUCAGCCUCUCCUCUGCUCCCCGGGCUUCAGGGCAGGCUCAGCAGGGGAGGCAAUGCCGGAAAGGGUUAACAAGGAGUGUUUGUAGCAGCCGCUGUCUCCAGGGAGAGGAAAGCACUGGAGGCCGACAGCCAGACUCCAGGCUGGCCGGUGGGGGGUGGGAGGCAGCCGCCAGCGCAGCCUGUCCCGCCCUGGGGGGAGAGAGGAGUGCCCAAACAUCCAUCCGUCCUGGGAGGUGGUGACCUCGGAGAAGACUGGGCAGCUGGGGCGUGAGGUCGCUGCGGGGCUACCAAGUAGGAAAGUUCUGGCAGGGACUGAGGAAUGUGGGGGGGCGGGGGCCCAGCCUGGCCCAGCCGGGUGGCAGCAGUGGCGGUGGCUGAAGCCAGCAGCAAGUAGCAGAGCGGUCCCAGGCUCUGGGAGGCUGGAAGGGAAGCCUUGAGUUAGGAAGAGAGAACCAGUCAAGACCCAGCAGGUGGCAGGAGGGAAGACACGGCUGGGGGAGAGAGGAGGCGCCCGCCCCCUCGAGCCAUGUCCCAGCCCCAGACUCGGAGGAGGAGGCCUGGGACCCCGAGGCCUCCGGUGCGCAGCAUCCGGCCCUUUAAGUCCAGUGAACAGUACCUGGAAGCCAUGAAGGAGGACCUGGCCGAGUGGCUUCGGGAUCUCUACGGACUGGACAUCGACGCGGCCAACUUCCUGCAGGUGCUGGAGACGGGCCUGGUGCUGUGCCGGCAUGCCAACGCUGUCACCGAGGCCGCCCUGGCCUUCCUGACAGAGGCACCUGCCCGAGCCCGAAAGAUCCCCCUGCCCCAGGCAGGGGUUUCCUGCAACAGGGCGGCCCAGCCCGGCACCUUCCAGGCCCGGGACAAUAUCUCCAACUUCAUCCAGUGGUGUCGCAAGGAGAUGGGCAUCCAAGAGGUGCUGAUGUUCGAGACGGAGGACCUGGUGCUGCGCAAGAACGUGAAGAACGUGCUUCUGUGCCUGCUGGAGCUGGGUCGCCGGGCCUGGCGCUUCGGCGUCGCGGCGCCUACCCUGGUGCGGCUGGAGGAGGAGAUCGACGAGGAGCUGCGGCAGGAGAUGGCCCUACCCCCGCCCGACCCCCCGCCGCCCGAGCCCCCUAGACGCCGGCCCUGCCACUUCCGCAACCUGGACCACGUGGUGCAGAGCCUGGUGAGCCACUGCACGUGCCCGGUGCAGUUCUCCAUGGUCAAGGUGUCGGAGGGGAAGUACCAGGUGGGAGACUCCAACACCCUCAUCUUCAUCCGAAUCCUCCGGGACCACGUGAUGGUGCGUGUCGGGGGCGGCUGGGACACGCUGGGUCACUAUCUGGACAAACAUGAUCCCUGCCGGUGCACAUCCCUCUCACACAAGGCGGGUGACUUCCUGAAGCCCCCUGCCUCACCGGUGCAGCAUGAAGUGAGGGUGCAGGAUGGGCCCUCCCAGCCUCAGCCUACAAUGACCAUCAGCCGCUCCCAGAGCCCCCCGCCUCCUGUGGACUGGAAGACAUAUACCUCUUUGGGUGGAAAGCUGAGGCCCCCCGCCGCCUCCUCCCCCAGACCCCGCUGUGAACAGAGAGCAGGGGAGGGGAUCGUCCGAAAGACAGCACCAUUCGUGAGGUGCCAGGAGAAAUCGCACACCCCAUCUCAGAGGCAGCUGCCAGCCGGGGACACUGCACCCAGCCACCAAUUGUCACCCACCCCUUGGGAGCAAGACCCACAGCUCACCUCCUCAGGGAAGAGAGGGGUCAGACACCCCCCUGAACUCCCCAGGGGAAGGACUCCUACAUCUUGGGUUCGUGAAGAGACAGACAGCCGGGGAACUCAUGCCAGGACUUCCACCCCCCAGAGAUGCCGAGCCCCCGAGGCCACCGUCAGAGGGACACCAGCAAGACGACCAUCUCCCCUGCCUCGUUCCUCCAGCCCAGCCAAGCCCGCGGGCCCCAGGCCACCACCCCAGGGUGAAGCCGAGGGUGCUUCCUCCCAGCUCAGGGAGCCAGCAUCUGUCUGUCCUCCAUCCCCUGCUAAAGGACCCACCAAGAUCCCGGUCCGGUUGCCCCCAGCUCGCCCCCCCACUCCAGGAAGAAGCUUUCCAGGUACUGCAGGUGGAGGUCCCAGGACAGAACUGGGGAGGGGCCCCAGUCCAUUAAGGGCCAUCACUGGGGACCUGUCUGGGUCCAGACAUGAGGGCUGCUCUGUGGAAGAGCGGCAAGAGGACCAUAAACUGGAAGUCCAGGUGACAGCAGAGGCUGGAGAGCCCUGGGGCCUGGGCCCCCAGCGUCGGGAGGGGAGGUACGCGCCCCUGCCCUUGGGUGGGGCCAAGGAGCAAGCCAUCAACCACAGCCUGGAGGAGGAACUUUCGGCCAACAUGAAGCUGCUGGAGGUGGGGGGUGCCCGCCCCCACGGCACAGGGGCUGGGGUCAUUCCCCGAAGUGGGGUCUACGUUCCCAGCCUGGGUGGGCGGUGGCCUGAGCCUGGGGGUCCUUAUGACAAAGUCAUCCAGGAACUGGCUCAGGGCCCCCCACCCCUUCUUAGAGUGGACCUGGGAGCCUGGAACUCCGCCCCUGGAGGCUCCCCUAAGGCGGCUCUAACUGCAGGCUCAGGAAGCCCAAGAGGGAACCCGGAAGAGAGCAGGUUGAGGACAAAGGCAAGCCUGAGUGCCAAGGGCACCAGGACAAGGACGGUCUCAGCUCAAGGAGGGCAGGACUGCUCAGCCCCUGCUGUGCCUGCCAGCCCAGAGGCCCCCACACCUUCACUCUCCAACCCCAGUUCUGAGAAAGGCGAGUCAUGGGCAGCCAAGGGCAAGAGAAUACUCCGGAAGCCCCAGCGAGUCCCAUCCAUCUACAAGCUGAAGCUGAGGCCCAGGCUUCGGCCCCGGAGAGACCACAGGCCUGAGAAGCGGCCGUCUCGAAUCCCUAAGCCGCUGACCUACUUCUGCCUGGGCCCAACCAGGGCACCCCCCGGGGGCAGGCUGGCGACAGCAGCUCUGGGCAGCAAGGGAGGGGUGGCAACCCCGGGGAAGGGAGCCUUGGCAGGGGAGGAGGAAGAAGGAAAGCAGGGGAGCGAGCCAGCCGCCCCACUGGAGAGCAGCCCCCAGCCCCUGGAAGGCCAGGGGAAGCAGCGGCUUCAAGUCCCCCUCUCACCUGAAGAGGAGUCUUGGGUCUGAGAAGGCGCUUCUGCUCGCAAGCCUGUGGGUGUAGGGAGGAGGGUCGUGAGAAGACGCUCACGUACGCGUCCCUCGCACGUCCAUUGGCAGGAACAGAAGGGAAGGUCCCUCACCUCAAUACAGGGCCUUGGCCCGGAGACAAAUACAGACUCAAUCUGCUUAACUGAGCAGAAGGGCGACCCAUCGGUCCCACUCCAGCUCCAGGGUGGUGGGGUACCCUCUCCCAGAGCAGCUCCCCAAACUCCUGAACUCUAUCCUCUGGCCAUGCCCACUGUUUCCGCAGCUCUUCUAACUUAUUAAACACCAGUGGGUCUGUUCCUGA